CGGUAACCUUCCGGGGGAAGAACAAAUCCUCCGGACGGUAAAACAGAAAAAUCAGCGACACCUGCAGAGAUCAGCGGCCGAUUUUUAGCGUCUAAUCCCGGAUCAAUCACCUGUAAACACCGGGGGAGGGGCCCGCUCCUCUCGGGUGCAGCCGUGUAGCGAUGGUGUUCGCCUCUUCAAACUCUGUCAGUGUGAACCCCUCCCUGUACUCUCCCUAUCUCACCUAUCAGAUGUCCGUCUUUUCUGAGAGGGAGAACGCGACUGUCCUGGCAACCUUACCCACAACGCCCCUCUGCAGCCUCCAGGGCAACAGCACCGCCGCCGCCGAUGAGUUAACGUCAGGCGAGGUCGCCGUCCUGAGUCUGGUGUUCGGGGUCCUCUGGUUGAUCUCCAUCUUGGGAAAUGCGCUUGUCUGUUUGGUCAUCCACCGCAGCCGCCGGACUCAGUCGACCACCAACUACUUUGUGGUGUCGAUGGCGUGCGCCGACCUGCUGAUGAGCCUCGGCUGGGCGCCAUUCAUCCUCCUGCAGGUCGCGUCGGGUGGAUGGCCGCUGAGCACAGCUGCCUGCAAGGCAGUGCGAUACCUGCAGCACCUUUGCCCCGGCGUGCAGGUGUACGUCCUGCUGAGCAUCUCCGUGGACCGGUUCUACACCAUCCUGUACCCGCUCAGCUUCAAGGUGUCCCGGGAGAAAGCCAAGAAGAUGAUCGCGGCCUCGUGGCUGUUCGACGCCGCCUUCGUGUCGCCCUGCCUCUUCUUCUACGGCUCCACCGACAGCCGGCACUGUGACUUUUUCCUCCCGGACAGCUGGGGUGGUUUAGCUUACGCUGCGGUGCACCUGCUGUUUGGUUUCCUGGUUCCCGUGGCGCUGAUCGUGUCGUUCUACCAACGGGUGGUGCGCUACAUCUGGAGGAUCAGCGCCGACGGACACACAGUUCGCCGCACGAUGAACAUCGUCCCGCGGACUAAAGUCAAGACCAUCAAGAUGUUCCUGAUGCUGAACUCGGUGUUCUUCCUCACCUGGACGCCCUUCUAUGUUGCCCAGCUGUGGCACCCGAGGGAGUCUGACGGACCAAGUCGGCAGGGGCUGCUCUUCUUCACCGCAAUCGCCUGGAUCUCCUUCAGCUCCACGGCAUCCAAACCCACACUUUACUCCGUCUACAACGCCAACUUCAGGAGGGGCAUGAGGGAGACCUUCUGCAUGUCCUCCAUGAAGUGCUACCGCAGUAACGCCUACACCAUCACCGCCAGCUCCCGGGUUGCCAAGAAGAACUACAUCGGGGUGGUGGAGAUCCCCGUGCAGGCCAAGACGGUCGGCAAGGACUCGGUGUACGAUGCAUUCGGCCGAGAGGCGAAGGGGAAGAAGGUCGCCUGGAGCACGAACGCCAACCCCCCCAACACUUUUGUGUAAAAAAGGAACUUUUGACCCUCCUGUCCUGGUCGUUCCUCCGCCUGACUUUCUGUUCCCAGUCAGAUUUACCUGAAUCAUCACCACAUGUCAUUAAAACCCUUUAAUGUGAACAAUGUCGUAGAUACUGGUUCCCAUGAAGAACUGCAGCAGAAGUACAAAGAAUAGACGCUGAAAAUGUGUUUCUAAAUGAACCCUUUGUUGAUUUGUGGUUUGAGGCAGUUGAAUGUAAAACACAACCUUUAUUUAUAAUGAAAGUAGUAACAGCCGACAGGAGGGUUAACAACAUCAGUGUUGGCGGGUAGAGCUAGCUCAGGGCUAACGUGUUGACCCUGCGUUCGGCUACGACAGAUUUGAGUUUUUAUAAAGGGCUUUUUCUCUGGCCAUUUUAGGGGCGAACAGCUGGCCUUUUUUAUACUUCAGAUACUAACCUCUAUUUAUUUCCGUGCUGUUUUUUGACGGGUUGUUUUUUCUGCAUCAGAUUUGUGUUUCCGUCCGAUGUCCUCUCUCAGUGUUGUAUCUGAUUUCCUGCCGUAAGGUCUGUGGUAGAAGCUAACGUUAUUGGUGGCUACUAGCCGUUUGUGGACAUUAUCUGCUAAGCUACAUUAGGGGGGGAUCUCCAGUCUGUCUCGAUGGUUGUUGUCUAAUAAAGACUCAUGGAGAAGAGAGCUGUG